AUGGCUCCGACCCCGGCCGCGGCGCGCCAGCCCCUUAAACUUCUCAUGCUACACGGCUACACGCAAUCGGGAAACCUCUUCCAUGCGAAAAGUCGCGCCCUGAUUAAACACCUCCAGAAAGCAUUCCCUCUCCACGAAGUCUCCGCAAUCUACCCAACGGGUCCUAUUCAUCUCAAACCCAGUGAUAUUCCGGGCUAUGAGCCCUCCGAAACAGCAGAGACGGAAGAAUCAAUCGAGGCAUACGGCUGGUGGCGCCGCUCCAACACCGCAAACCCACCAUUGUACACUGGCAUGGAAGAUGGUCUCGCAAGUGUCGCCAAAGUGCUUAAGGAGGAGGGUCCCUUUGACGGUGUGAUUGGGUUCUCGCAAGGCGCCGCAAUGGCAGGUAUGGUGGCUUCACUACUAGAACCGAGUCGGAAAGAAGCCUUUGCGCACUUCGCAGCAGGUGAAGGAGAAGAGAAGGGACUUCAGUUCCCUGCCUCAUUUGGCGCAGCGGGGUUCUCGCAUCCGCCGUUGAAGUUCGCAGUUUGCUAUAGUGGGUUCCGGGCGCCGGGAGCACGGUAUAGAGGGUUCUAUGAGAACCCGGCUAUCCAGACGCCUGUGUUGCAUGUUCUCGGGACCUUGGAUGCGGUUGUGGAUCAUUCGAGGAGCCAAGCGCUGGUUGAUGCUUGUGAGGGAGAUCCUGAGAAGGAAGGAAAUGUGAUUUGGCACCCUGGUGGUCACUUUGUACCAAGUCAGCGGCCUUAUCUGGAUGCUGCGGUGCAGUUUAUUCGGAAGCAACUUGAGAAGACUAACGGUGUUGCUAAGCCCGAGGAGGAGGAAGAUGUGAAUGACAUGGAUGUUCCAUUUUAA